GAGAUCCUGGUACAUUCACACACUGACUCUGCUAGCCUGCACUUGUCUAUUACCUAUCUGGGUGAUGAUUAUAACUCGCAGCAGUAACACAAUGCAGCAAUAGUACAGGACCCACUACUGCAACAGCAGCAACACAGCCUUCUCCCAGGACUUCAUUGAAGAGCAGACAGCUGACCCUGCCAGAUAGAAGACAAAGCAGCUGCAUCCCACUGUUGAGUCACCAUGAAACCUGUGGACUUCCAUGGAGUGCUGGUCAUUCUCAUGUGCAUCUGCCUUGCAUUUGGAGAUCACCAGGAUAUCGUAAAUUCCCUGCUAACCCAGAAGCACCUGCUACCUACAGGUUACAACCCAUGCUCUGAUGGGGUAGAUUCUCUGGGAUAUUACAAUGGCUCGAUUUCCAUAACGGAGUCUGGCUCGGACUGUCUGAACUGGGCUGAAUUUCCUGACUACAUGAAGCAAUAUCCAGGGCGAGGACUUGGGUAUCACAAUCACUGCAGGAAUCCAGAUGGAGGAAAUACACCGUGGUGCUUUUAUCGUCAGCAAUCUGGAAUGAUUAGCUGGGCUCACUGUGACUGCAGCCAAGGUGCUGUUCGUUUGCUGGGUGACCAUUUUGCUGACAGUGGUGGAGUGCAGCUCUAUUUAAAAGGAGUUUGGGGAACAAUAUGUGGUGACUACUGGACAGAUUGGGAUGCCAGUGUGGUUUGCAGACAGCUUGGAAUCAGUGAAAUUGGCACGGCCAAAAGGAUUCCUUAUUAUGCUCCUUGGACGACCCCAGUAAAUUUGGAGUCUGCCAAUUGCCGAGGUGAUGAGAAAGCCUUACUACACUGCAGCUAUACCAAGGGAAAAGCUUGCAGCAGUAGACAGAUAGCUGCCAUUACCUGCUCUCCUCCUGAAGGUUUAAAGCCCCCUCUCCGUCUGGUGGGAGGAAACGACCAGUUUGAGGGGCGUGUUGAAGUGUUUUUUGAGGGUCAGUGGGGAACAAUUUGUGAUGAUCACUGGGAUGACAAAGAUGCUGAAGUUAUAUGCAGACAACUAGGAUUUAAUGGAAAGCCUAAGGCCUGGGUAUGGGCUCACUAUGGACAAGGCAGUGGCCCCAUAUUGCUUGAUGAAGUAGAAUGUAUAGGCAAUGAAUCUUCAUUAGAUUUCUGUCAGAAGAGCGAUUGGAGACAUCACAACUGUGACCAUAUUGAAGAUGCUGGAGUUUCCUGUAAUCCUUUUAAAGAUGGAGCUGUGAGAUUAUCUGGUGGUCAAAUCGCUGGUGAAGGACGAGUAGAAGUAUAUUACAAUGGAGAUUGGGGAACUGUAUGUGAUGAUGAUUGGACUGAACUGAAUGCACAGGUGGUUUGCAGACAGUUAGGCUUCAGUGGCCCCUCCAGCUUAGCAUCUAAAGGAGAGUUUGGACCUGGAGAUGGGAUGAUUUUUCUGGAUGACGUGGCUUGUACAGGCACAGAGCGCUCUCUAGUGGAAUGUUCUCGUAGCAGCUGGGGCCAGCAUGACUGCUCUCACUUUGAAGAUGUUGGCCUCCGAUGCUCAAAUGACAGCAAUGACAUCAUUGAAACACCACCUGGACCCCCUGUUCGGCUGAUGGACGGGGAAGGUACUAAGGAAGGCAGAGUGGAGGUAUUCCUGAAUGGAGAGUGGGGCAGCGUGUGCGAUGAUGGCUGGAAUGACAAAGAUGCUGUUGUUGUUUGUCGCCAGCUAGGACACAGGGGCCCUGCAAAGGCUAGAACAAUGGCCUACUUUGGAGAAGGACAAGGGCCAAUUCACUUGGAUAAUGUAGAGUGCAAUGGUACAGAAAACACUUUAGCAGAAUGCAAGAAGCAGGACAGUGGAAUACACAACUGUUGGCACAGUGAAGAUGCCGGAGUCAUAUGUGACUAUGUAGAGAAGAAAAUGAGUGGCCUUACAGAUGGAGUACCUGCCAAAUGUGGUAUAAGUCACGUGUCCCGGAGAAAGAAGAGAAUUGUUGGUGGAACCAAAUCCAUGAGGGGAGGCUGGCCAUGGCAGGCUUCACUGAGACUUAAAGGAUUUAGCAAAGAAUCCCGUCUACUUUGUGGAGCUACUCUAAUAAGCAACUGCUGGGCUCUAACAGCCGCACACUGCUUCAAAAGGUUUGGUGACAAAGCUCAUAAAUACUCACUGAGGGUCGGUGACUACCACACUGGAGUAGAAGAUGACUUUGAGCGUGAACUACCAGUGCAAAAGAUUGUUAUACAUAAGAAAUACCACAGUGGCAGCAAUGACAAUGACAUUGCAUUAGUCAGAUUACAAGGAAAGGACGAUCAUUGCAUUUCAUUUAGUUACCAUGUUCUGCCAAUAUGUAUUCCAGAAAGGAAGGAGUCAUCUGUAUACAAGAAGCCGUGCUUCAUUUCUGGAUGGGGAGACACAGGAACUUCCUAUUCGAAGACACUGCUGGAGGGAGCAGUUCCAAUCCUUCCCAAAGAAAAAUGUAUAUUUCGUUACAAAGGGAAAUUUACUAACAGGAUGAUCUGUGCCGGAAAUUUAUCUGAAGACAAUAGAGUAGAUAGCUGUCAAGGAGACAGUGGGGGUCCUCUCAUGUGCCAAAAUGCCAAUGGACAAUGGAUAAUAGUAGGAAUAACUUCUUGGGGAUAUGGAUGUGGACGAAAGGAUUAUCCUGGAGUAUAUACCAAGGUUAACAGGUUUAUCCCUUGGAUUAAGAGAGUUACAAAGCUGAAAUGAGACUAAAACGUAACAAUCUUUGUUCAUUGUGAAAUAUAUGACUCAUGUUGAAAAAACUCUGAACUUUUUACCAUGAGAUCCAUCUUUUAAGAAUACAUGCGCAACAACAUGCCUUAAUUCCAUGUAUAGCCCUUAAAUGUAUAAAGAAGCAAAGCUGUGAAAUGUGUUCAUGUUUUGUCUUUGUCAUUGUGACAAAAAUAUUGUGUGUAUAUAAAUACAUAA